AUGAAUCGAUUUAAAGAAAAACUAAGCAAUAUAAAGAAUAAGAUUAUAGAGACAACCAACAAUGCAAUCAAUUCACCUUUAUCUUCUAUAACAAAUUCUUCAUCCUCAACAACACAAAAUAGUAAUAAUAAUGUAAAUACAGAGGACAACAACAACCAAUUUAUACCAUCGUCGUCGACACAAAGAAAGAAAAAGAAACAUCGUCGUAGAAAAGAACCAGUAUUCAAGUUUGUACAAGUUCAAAAUACAGAUUCAUUAAUGUCUAUUGCUAGAAAAUACAACAUGACUGAAGAAGAUUUAAUGAUUGUCAAUAGAUUAGACUCUAAAUCAAUUUAUCAGGGACAAAUGUUAAUGGUUUGUCUUAAUUUUAAAUGUUGUCAUUUACCUACAUCAACAAUGCCGUCACCUAGUGGACAAAUGUCACCAGAGUUAUCAUCUUCAUCAGUGGUGGCUGUGGAUAUAGCUGAAUUAAGAAAUGAAACUACUACUACAACAACAAUGAUUGAAUUGAAUCCAUCUGUUGUAAAGGAACAAGAGUAUUUGGUUAAACAGAUGGAAUCUACCAUUGUUGGUAAAGAUCCACUUCAAUUGAUUCAAUCUUAUCAGUCAUCGUUUUUACCUCAUUUACGUGAGCGUUACGAUUGGGUGAUUGGUAAAUGUGAGUGUACUAGUACUACAGAGGGACACAACAUUGAUCUUCAAAGUUCUCUUUCAUCGUUACAUGUAUCUCCCGUCACUGAUCCAAUCAUACGUUUUGAAAAUGUUAUGAGUGUAAAUGAAAAUAUGGAUCUUAUGUGCACAGGUACAAUUCAUAUAAAUAGACAUUAUUUGGUAUUUUCACCUCAAACUUCAUUAGCUUCAUUUGAUAGAGUAGACAUUGAAAUUUGUGAUAUUACAGGAUGGAAAUUGGAUAGUUAUAUUGAUAAAAAGAUUAUUACAGAGACUAGUGAUCUUACAACACUCAAACUAUGGCUUAAAACAAAUCCAAAUAGCAAGGAAUCAAUCAUUGCAAAUUUACACAAAGGCGAGAUAUCAUCAACCGAUCAAGAUUUUAAUUGGGAUAAAGAUACUUUUCAUGAAUUAUCUUUUAUUUUAGAGAAAUCAGAGAUAAAUAAUGAAAAUGAAAUUAAAUUGAUAGAAAUAUUGGGUAAACCUGUCAAUUUAGAAGAGGAUAUAUUAAUUUUUACAUCACCAUCUGCGCCACAAAAUACACCAAUGUCACCAUUAAUUUUAAAUAAUAAUAGUAAAUUACUACCAUCAUAUUCACCACCAUCAUAUUUAAAUUCAUUACUUUUAUCAGAAAAUAAUAAUCAUAUUAAUAAUAAUAACAACAAUACUAACAAUGAAAUAUCAACAUCUACUAAUAAUAAUAUACCACCAACUUCAACAUCAUUUAUUGAUCAAUUAACAACAACAAUGGUAGCACAAGUAUUACCUUCAUCAAAAAUCAAUGAAAAUGAAUUAAUCAAAGAAAAGGUUAAUUGUGUUUUCGAGUAUGGUAAAGUGAGUGGUACAUUGACCUUGAUGCCACAUUGGCUUAUUUUCCAAGCCGAUCCAAACCAUCCAUUGGUCAAAAAGUUGGGUAGUAUUAAAUUCCAACUCAACUAUACAAUGAAUCAAGUAAUGUCUUGUGGUAUGGUUCCAAAAACAUUUUUAUCACCAACUAUUGAUGAUCCCCUUCAAUUUGGAAUGGAUGAUGAAACUACCACUAGUAGUGGUAAUAGUAAUUCUCAAGCAUCAACAUCAUCUACAAUUAAUACUAGUAACAGUAUUAUACCACCACCAUCUCCAUCACCAUCACCAUUAUCACAACCUACCACUAUAACUAAUAAUAAUAAUAGUAAUAGUCAAACCAUUCCAUCAACAACCAAUUCAAAUUCACAAGAAAUGUCAAGUGUUCAUGUUGUUUUACAAAUUACGCCAUUAGUAGAAAAGGAUAUUUUAAUUGAAUGUGAAGAUGAAAAAUCACAAUUUAUUUGUAAUCAAAUUAGAUUAUGGAUGGGAGAUUUAAAAGAAAAAACUAUAGAAUCAUCAAUUAUUAUUGAUAAUGUUGGACCAAAUGAUACCUUAUCACCACCUCCAAGAUUGACAAAAGAACCAUCAAAAUCAAAUCUAUAUCAAAGUGUAUUGAUGUUGUCUACUAGUAUGGUAGAUAGAUAUCUUGAAAGAUCAUCGGCAACAUCAACCUAUAAUAUUGAAGGUGAAAUUCCAUUUUCAGAUCCUCAAGUUGAUAGUUUUGUUCCAGAUUUAUUAAAUGGUACUUCAACAAUGUUAUCAAUGAGUGAUAUCUCUCAAUUAAUUGUAGAUUUACCAAUAUUUUAUAAAUUAAGAAAUUGGACAUUAUUGUAUAAAGCAGAAAAACAUGGUAUAUCAAUCAACACAAUGUAUAGCAAAUGUAAAGAAAAGGGAGGAUGUCUUUUAGUGAUUCAAGAUUCCAACAAAAAUAUAUUUGGUGGAUUCCUUUCCGAUUCGAUACAUCCAUCGAAAAACUAUUACGGCGAUGGCGAGUGUUUCCUAUUUAGAAUGAAACCAUUCUAUAGUUCCUAUCAUUGGUCUAAAGAGAAUGACUGUUUUAUUCAGACAACAGAGAAAUACCUGUCGAUGGGUGGAGGAAACAAAGGCAAAUACGGAUUAUGGUUGGAUGAUAACUUUGAACAAGGAACUUCGCAGCGUUGUGAAACCUAUGACAAUGAACCUCUAUCUCCAAAUGAAGACUUUUUAUGUUUGGAUAUAGAGAUUUGGGGUUUUUUGAUAAACCUUUAUACAAUAUCAGUUGUAAUAAGAAACAAAAUAUUUCAAAUGAUUGAAGAGUUGCCAAAGACUAUAGACGAUAAGAAGAAAACAUAUAUAAAGGGAAGAGAACUAUCAAAAUUAUCAGUGGUCGAGUUGGUUGGCAAGUAUGGUAUGCCAUGGUCGUUUGUAGUUAGAUUCCUUCCUCCCAAGACAUUGGGAAAAAUCGAUGUUGCAGCAAGAUCGUCAAUGAUCCACAACUAUAUUGCUCAUCCCAAUGCAACUGUCGACACUCUUAGACAGCUACUAGAUUGGUCACCUGAUUUUAAACUGACCCAAAUCAAUAUUCCUAACGUUGAAAUCCUCGAGGAACUAUAUCAAAGAUACACCGAACCGAUUAUAUUUAAUCUCUACUACAUAAUCGAAAUAGUUACAAAGAAUGGACGGUUUGAAAUUCUCGAUUGGUUAAGGAGUUCCCGUCCAACUCAUGGUGCCCUUGGCAAGCACGUCAUGGACUCUGCCGCAGAACACGGUAGAUUAGACGUUGUACAAUGGCUACACAACAACAAAACAGAUGGAUGCACGGUCUCUGCUAUGGAUAAAGCUGCAUUGAAUGGUCAUUUUAAUAUUGUCAAAUUUUUAAAUGAGAAUAGAACAGAAGGAUGUUCAAUUAUUGGAAUGCAAAGCGUUGUAAAUGGACAUUUAGAAAUUGGUCAAUACCUUGUUGAAAAGUAUCCUAAAGAAUGCGGUCCAUCAUUUCAAAUUCACUUAAAGUUUUAUCCAUACAGUCAAUGGGAAUCGGAUCCAUUCAUCAAAGCUGUAUCGAUGGGGCGAAUGGACAUUGUUCAAUGGCUGCACGACAACCGUCCCCUCGAGUCGGCAAAAGGGACGAUUGACAAGGCAGUCGAGACCAACAACCUAGAGAUGAUCAAGUAUCUACAUUCUUGCUCGAUUGAUUUGGCAACACACAAAUCAUUUGAAUGGGCUGCCAAGAACAACCAGUUGGAGAUAAUGCAUUGGCUACUGGCAAACACCAACGUGCAAGAAUUCUCAGACGCUGUCAUUCCACUAGCAUCACGACAUGCAACACCUGAAAUGCUACAAUUAUUAAACAAACAUCCUGCCACAGCAUUCACACCAUUUUGCCUAGACUCUGCAUCGCUUUCAGGAAACGUUCCAAAUCUCUUGUGGAUACACCAAAACAUACAUUUGAAUUGUUCGGUUGCCGCGAUGAAUAUGGCAUCCAUGCGAGGUGAUUUGGAAAUGGUUCAACUACUGCACGAAAAUGGUAUUGGAGCAUGCACAGACCUCGCUAUCGAUUAUGCCGCAGAAAAUGGGCACCUCCAAGUCAUUAAAUAUUUAUCGACCAAUCGAAGUGAAGGAUGUUCGCGCCGUGCUCUCGAAGUAGCAGCAAGAAAUAAUCAUCUCGAGAUUAUUAUUUGGUUGUUGGAUAGGUACCCAGACCGCCUAUGUCCAACAUCAGCAAGUUUGAUAAGAGCCGCUGAAAAUGGACAUCUUGAAGUGGUAAAGUAUCUUUUUACCCACUAUGCAGAUCAAAUUACCUCUUCAGGUCAUCCUUAUACUGCAUGUGACUUUGCAGCUGAUAACGGUCACGAAAAGGUAGUUCAAUACCUAUUGGAAAAUACAACAAGUCAGAGAUUCUCAACAUAUGGUUUGAUGAGAGCUUCUCGAAAUGGACACUUAGAUAUUGUAAAGUAUCUCACAGCCAACCAUAAAAUGGAGGAUCGUAUGUCUGAAUGUAUCAUGGAUCAAGCUGCCAUGAAUGGUAAAUUAAAAGUCGUUAAAUAUCUUUCCAAGCAUCGUACCGAAGGAUGUACUAUCAAAGCUCUAAAAGAUUCCAUCAACAAUGGGUAUUUAAAUGUUGCUUACUAUCUCUACCAUAAUCGUCCAGAAUGUAAUCCUUCUCUACUACUAAUUAAUGAUAUACAAACCAUUGAUGAUAAAAAUAUAAAUAUAAAUAUAAAUACAAAUAAUAAUAAUAAUAGUCAAACAAAUAACAAAAUACUCCUCUUUUCUAAUCAUCCAUUUAUUAAGAUACUACUUUAUUAA